AUGACCUUCAAUCUACUCUCGGAAGUUCAAGUAACUCGGCGCCAGAUCCCCUCGUGGAAGCUCAUCCCCAACACGGGAAUUCAAGGAUACCCGCUCAUCAUAUACCAUGGCGCUUUCGACGCCACAUCCGCCGAACUAGAAGAUCAUCUGGAAGCGGUAGGGGAAGUCAUGCCCCAAUGGACAUACACCAUGUACAGCCAAACCCAUUUCCACUCUACCACCCACGAGGUGCUGGGCGUUGUGGCGGGUCGCGCGCGGCUUUGCUUUGGAGGCGAGGAAAACCCGCAACGGUUCGAGCCGACAGUUGAAAGCGGGGAUUUGAUCAUAGUCCCUGCUGGUGUCGGCCACCGAUUGUUGGAGGACGAGGGCAAGCAACCUUUCAGGAUGGUUGGCUCAUAUCCACAUGACAGACAAUGGGAUAUGUGCUAUGGUCGACCGGGUGAAGAAGAGAGAGUUAAGCGCAUCCAGAACUUGCCAUGGUUUCAUCGCGAUCCUUUGUAUGGGGACAGUGGUUUGGAUCUGUUUGCAUAG